UCCCGUCUUUCCUGCACUCCGAACCACAUAACCGGCGCAGUUGUUGCGGAAGGUUCUCCUCCGUCUCCGGUAUGAUCACUCAGGAGAUCCUUGAAGACUACCACCGUGACGGUGCCGUAUGCCUUCGUGGUGUCUUUGAGCCACGGUGGGUGGAAGCGGCACGAAAGGGUAUUGAGCAGACUAUGGAAAACCCUGGCCCCCAUUCCGAAAGACUCCAAGGUUCUUCUGGGUCUGCUUACUUCAACGACUACUGCAACUGGAGGCAGGUACCGGAAUUUGUGGAUUAUGUGUACAAGUCCCCGGCGGCAGAACUUGUCGGACAGUUGAUGCAGUCGAAGUGGGCCGCCUUCUACCACGAACACGUGCUGGUAAAAGACCCUGGAACUUCCCGGGAGACUCCAUGGCACCACGACCAAGCAUAUUACCCCAUUGAUGGCUUCAAGGUAUGUUCCAUCUGGAUGCCCGUCGACCCAGUUGGGGAGGAAACAAGCAUCCAGUUUGUGGCGGGAUCACAUCGCUGGGGGAAAUGGUUCUACCCGAGGAAGUUCGCCACAUUGAAGAACUAUGCGCUAGGCGACAAUCGUCUCGAUCACGAGUACGAAGACGUUCCCGUCGAAGAAAUCGACGGUGGAAAACACCGUAUACUCAAGUGGGCUGUUCAGCCUGGCGACUGCAUCGUGUUUCACAUGCGUACUCUUCAUGGCGCUCCGGGCAACGUCUCUCAAUCUGUUUCCAGGAGAGUACUGUCUACCAGAUGGCUCGGUGACGACGCCGUGAUGGCGAAACGGGCAUGGGACGUCUCGCCACCAACGAUGGGAGGCCUCCAGCCAGGGGACGCAGCGGUGUCUGAAGAGUUCCCGAUUAUUUGGAGGAGGAAAGAGUAACAACGAUAUGCACUCUGUGGAAAAGGCGCUGUGCUGUUGUAGGGUAAAUUAAAUCUCCAGGAAAUAUACGAGUUAUCACAGCUUGUA